AUGUAUGCGAAAUGUCUUGGUAUGCAAAAUUGUUUUGCAAAUUGUAGUAACAAGACCUGGAUCUUUUGGAAACAAGAACUCAGUUGUACAAUCUAUGCUAGUGAGAACCAAAUCACAACUUGUAAGAUUCAAAGUGAGGAACAUUCUCUCUUUCUCUCCAUUAUUUAUGCUAAAUCGAAGUCCUCUGGUAGGGAAGAUCUCUGGAUGUACAUGAGAGCUCUUGCCUCCGUAAUCAACCAUCCUUGGGCUGUCGCUGGUGAUAUCAACAACAUUUUAAGCAGGGAAGAAAAGCUAGGAGGCAUACCAUACACACUAGGUAACAAUAUGGCCUUCACAGAAUGUCUAAAUGACUGUGCACUUUCUGACAUUGGAUACACAUUCAGGGAAAAUAGGAUUUCUCAAUCAGAUGGCAAUAUUUUUUGGCAGGUUCAUCAGAAAAUAAAGAUGACUAGUAGAGCUUUGAGUCAUUGGUCUAAAAUGAAAAUUGGAAAUAUCUUUGAGAAGUCUCAGCAACUGGAUAAAGAGGCUGAACAAAGUGAAGAAAAGUACAUGAAAUCUAUGGAUCCUAUUGACAAAAUAAACAUGAAUAGAAUAAAAGCUGAAUUGAUCACUCAUCACAAGCAUGUAGAUACCUUUUGGAGACAAAAAGCUAAUUUCAAAUGGAACCUAGAGGGUGAUGAGAACACUAGAUAA